UUCUGUCUCAUAACGCAUCCAUUUUUCAAUUUUUUUCGUCCCCUUCCCCCAAUUCCGAAAUGGGCGUCUGCGUUUCCACUCAAACCACGAAUUCUUCAAGGCGCGGAAUCACAGUGUCGCAACUGGAAUCAAUCCACCGCCGAUCCACGAUCAAGAUCGUUCACAUGGACGGAUUAAUCGAGGAGUUCGCGGAUCCGAUCAAAGCCUCCAAAAUCGCCUCCCGGAACCCUAACUUCCUCCUCUGCAAUUCCGAGCAAAUGUUGAUCGGCAGCUGUGUCCCGGCGCUCUCCGGCGACGAGGACCUCCAGCUCGGCCAAAUCUACUUCCUCAUCCCCCGCUGUCAGGCUCACACCCCUCUCUCCCUCCCCGACCUCUGCAAUCUCGCCAUUAAAGCCAGCUCUGCUCUUCGCAACCACCGCGCCGCGUCGCUGUUCAGGUAAAUCACAAAUCCAUCCGCAUUGUAGUUAUACGAUUAAGAACUCGAUCGAUCGAUCGAUCAUCGGCUGUAGGCAUUGCGCCGAUUUCGAUUCGGAAUUUUGUUGUUGUUGUUGUUGUUGUUGGUUCUGUUCUGAAUUUGAUUGGUUUGUUCGGUUGGGGGAAGGGACAAGAUGAUCAGAAGAAUGUGGAUCGUUCGUUUUCUUCCAUUUUAGGGGCAAUAGAUUCAAUCCAUAAUCCAGAUUCGGAUUCAGAUUCAGAUUCAAGGAAAAAUUGUGUGUGUGAGUUGGAAUUGGAAUUGGAAAUUGAAUGCUUCGGGAUCA